AUGACGGUACCAAAAGAUAACAGGAGCAAGUCUAGAAACCUCGCAGACUUCAUCAAGUUUGUGAAACUAAAUUCUCCUUAUUAUGCUCAGUCCUGGAAGUUAUGUAAGACUCUUGAAGAUGCGCCGGUGUCUCUGAGGGACUUGCCCAUUGUGGACCAUGAGUCUUUUUGGGCAUCAAACACCUGCCGGAACAGCAAAGUUGUAACUUCAAAGCAAAAAGAUGGCAUUGUUUUCAAAACUGGAGGCACAACCACACACCCCAAGGUAUCGUUUUACAGCCAGAAGGAACUCCAUGGCCUCUCAACACAAUUGGCAGAGAGCUUGGAACGAUGCAGUGUCGGCGAGGGCGACAUGGUCGCCAACUUGUUCUACGCUGGCGACCUUUACGGGAGCUUCUUGUUGCAUAUCCUCUCCGUCUACCAUCUGCCAAGCGGUGCGAUCCAGCUUCCAGUAGCUGGGCAUGUUUCCUUGGAAUCCAUGGAAAGACAGAUCGUCGAGUUUGAAGCAACCGUGGUCCUCGCCACGGUGACCACGAUGUCGCAACUCUCAGAGCGCAUCCUUAGCAGUGGCAAGACACACCCGUACGUUCGCCUACUACUGUUCUCGGGAGAAGCUUUCUACGACGAUCAGGCCGGGCUGCUGAAAGCAGCCUUUCCAAAUGCAACUAUCAGAUCAGUCGUCUACGGAUCUAUGGACUGCGGAAUCAUCGGUCUACCACCGAAGGAAGAGCACUACACGAACGACCCCAGACUUCACCAAGUCAACGAUCCGAACAUCAUCGUGGAGAUCGUCACUGAAGACGGAGAGGUCACAACCACCCCAGGAGAGGCGGGCAGCCUAGUCGUAACGAACCUGGAGCGCCAACUAAUGCCCAUCGUUCGCUACCCGUCUGGAGACCGGGCCGCGUGGGUUGUACCAGCUCUAGGCCUUUUCCGUGUUCUCGACAGGGACCGCACGGCCAUCCGCCUCGGCCCCGUUUCCGUUGACUUUGUGGACCUCCGACGGAUAGUGUCCACGGUCCUCGCAGACCGACCGGUUGGUCGCUUACAAGCCAUCGUCACAAGAAAAGAUAGGAAAGACCUCUUGACCCUGAACGUCGCCUUUACACCGGCUACGAAUGAGGAGAGUUCGCAGCUGCAGGCGGAGCUGAGAGAGGAGCUGGGCGUGAUGCGGCCCAUGUUUCGGGAACACGUCGAGAAGGACCUUAUCAACCCGUUAGAGAUUAAGUUUAUCACCAUGCAGGAACUUGCUGUCAACCCAAGAAGCGGAAAAAUUGUCGAGGUACAGGAUCUUCGGUCGACCACUGUGUAG